AUUAAUGUCAUUUGACAUGUUUCUUUCUUUCUUUUUCGAUUUUCCUCAGUGAUGUCCAUUUUGUUCCAGUCACGGUUACUUUUUCUUCCCCUUUCUAUUUGGCUUUCGGUGAUCCCAAAGGGUAUCGAUCACUGUACAAAUCUUCGAUUCUCUCUAGAACAUAUUGGGCAUUGGCCAAUCUGGUUGAGGGAUUGAAGUGGAAUUAUAGGUAGAGGAGGAUGGCUUGUGCUUGUAGGGGUUGCUGGGAGUGCCUUUUGAAGCUUUUGAACUUCUUAUUGACCCUUGUUGGUCUGGCCAUGGUGGGCUAUGGGAUUUACCUGCUGGUUGAAUUCAGUAAAGCUUCAGAUAACACUCUCAGUGUUUCUACUGUCAGUGAUGAUCAAACUCUAGUUCAACUUGGCCGCCCCAUGCUUAUGGCUGUGUCUCUGUCCAACAGUUUCUUUGAUGAUUUGCCCAAGGCCUGGUUUAUUUACUUAUUCAUUGGAAUAGGGGUAGUUCUCUUUGUCAUUUCUUGUUUUGGUUGUAUUGGAGCUAUGACGCGGAGUGGCUGCUGCCUGAGCUGUUUUGCUGUUUUAGUGGUAUUGUUGAUCUUGGCAGAGCUGGGAUGUGCAGCCUUUAUAUUUUUUGACAAAAGCUGGAAAAAGGAAAUUCCGACAGACAAAACUGGAAAUUUUGAUAUGAUAUAUGAAUUUCUCAGAGAGAACUGGAAUAUUGUGAGAUGGGUCGCUCUUGGAAUUGUUAUAUUUGAGGCUCUUCUUUUUGUGUUAGCCCUUAUUGUUCGGGCUGCAAAUAGGCCAGCUGACUAUGACAGUGAUGAAGAAUUCAUUAAUCCUAGGCAGCAAGCCCGUCAGCCUUUGCUCAACAGACCAGCAGCUCCAGCAUCAGGUGUACCAGUUGCGGGCACAAUUGAUCAGCGUCCAAGCAGAAAUGAUGCAUGGAGUACAAGGAUGAGGGAGAAGUAUGGGUUAGAUACAUCAGAAUUCACAUACAACCCAUCCGAGUCACAAAGGUUCCAGCAAGUGAACUCACAGCCAACUGAAGAAAGGAGCCGCUGCGCUAUAAUGUGAUCACUUUGGAUUGUUCUAAGACUACAUCAGGUUGAAUUUCAAGGAUUGCUUUUGUGGAGACGUUGAGGCUAGAAGUAUGUCAGAAAAAACUUCUUCUUUUGCUUAAUUUGUGUACCAUUCACCCACUUCACUGGAUCUUCAUCACUUUCAAUAACAUCUUCAUUUUGUUGUGUGUAACAUUCUGCUGAGUACAUCAAAAUUUAUUGUGUUGCUUCUGUUCAUAGUUAUGGGUAGUAAAUGCAGUGGUUAAUCCUGUGAUGUCAAUAUUGUGUCGUUUCUAUCUCCCUUUUGAAAUGGUGUGAUCAAAUGGUGGUGCCGUGUGUCUGUGUAUGUGGAGAUUUUUCGCACACAAGUUAAAAUUUAAAUAUUUAUUUGA